AUGAUGAAAAGUUUUCUUCUAGUUGUGAAUAUCCUGGCAUUAACUCUGCGUUUUUCGGCUGCAGAGGAGCCAAACCAGGAACAACCAGCAUGCUGUGAAAAUGAUGAAAGGCUGUUUAGUCAAAAAAAAGUCCUAUAUAUCCUAAGUCAUCCUGUUCUAAAUAACUAUCUUCAUAAUGCACCCAAUUACUACCAAAAUAGAGCAGUCAUACCAAUUAAUCCAUAUAAGUGUCACCCAUAUUAUGCACAAUUAUUUGUACUUAGGCCACAAACCCAAGUUCCCCAAUGGCCAGUCCACCAGCUUACCAUGCUACAUCACCCCACCAAAUACCCACCAUUCAUAGUCAUUCCUGAAAAGAAAAUUCCAGAAAAGGCCACUACCCCUACUACUGACACUACCAGUACCCCGGAGCCUGUUUCAGUUCCUGCUGCCACCACAGACUUUCCAGAACCAUCCGCAGAGAUCAUCCACACCCCUGAGACUUCCACGGUCCCAGUUACUUCACCCGUGGCAUAA